AACUCAACCAAGGUGGUCGCUUAACCUGCACAGCCAUAUAUAAUGGCUGAAGUGUGAGCGAAGACAAACUAAAGCAGAAAAUGAUCUCCAAAACCCACAAAUCUUUAAUUACUGUACGAAACUUGUUGCAGCCAAAAACUCCGUUGGAACCCAACAACAACCGUAAUCAUCUUUACCAUUUUCUUCUCCAGUGUCGAUCCAUUGUUAAGGUCAGGCUUAAAUGGGUGAAGAACCGUAGCCUCGACCACAUAAUUGAUAGAGAGACCGAUCUUAAGGCGGCUUGUCUCUUAAAGGACGCAAUCAAGCGCUCUCCCACUGGCUUUCUCACUGCUAAGUCUGUUGCUGAUUGGCAUAAGCUUCUUGGCCUUACUGUGCCUGUUCUUCGCUUCUUGCGCAGGUACCCAACUCUUUUUAGUGAAUUUCCUCAUGCCCGUUAUGCGAAUUUGCCCUGUUUCCGUUUAACGGACACUGCACUCUUGCUGGAUUCACAGGAGCAGAGCAUACACCAAAAUUAUGAGAGUGAUACUGUGGAGAGACUUUGUAGAGUGCUUAUGAUGAUGAAAAGUAGGACAGUACCACUUCAAUCACUAUAUCCUUUGAAGUGGGACCUCGGUUUGCCUGAUAAUUUUGAGAAAAUAUUGAUUCCAAAAUACCCUGAUCAUUUUCAAUUUUUUAAGGCAUCAAAUGGUUUUGGGUGCUUACGGCUUGUGCAAUGGCGGGAUGAAUUCGCAGUUUCUGCAUUGCAGCGUAGUAAUGAGAGCAAAGAAAUGGGUAAUGAGUAUCAGAAGUUCAAGAAAGGGCAGACUACUUUGGCUUUCCCAAUGAGUUUCCCAAGGGGGUAUGGAGCGCAAAAGAAGGUGAGAGCAUGGAUGGAGGAAUUUCAGAAGUUACCCUAUAUUUCGCCAUAUGAGGACUCGAGACAGAUUGAUCCAAAUAGUGAACUCAUGGAGAAGCGAGUUGUUGGGGUUUUGCAUGAGCUUCUGAGCCUGACAAUUCAUAAGAAGACCAAGAGGAACUAUUUGAGGAGCUUGAGAGAGGAGAUGAUUCUUCCACAUAAAUUUACUCGACUAUUUACAAGGUAUCCAGGGAUUUUCUACCUCUCAUUGAAGUGUAAGACAACCACAGUUGCUCUUAGAGAAGGUUACCAGCGGGGAAAACUAGUGAAUCCACAUCCUCUUGCUCGUCUCAGAGAUAAGUUUCAUUAUGUGAUGAGAACUGGACUUCUUUACCGGAAUAAGGGUGCUAAUAUGAUACCUGAAGAUAUUUUGUUGAAUGAUGCUGAGGAUGAGAUUGGAACAGAUGAAUCUGAGGAGGAAGAGGGUGAAACAGAUGAUGCCUGCUAUGAGGUAACCUCUGAGAUCGACGAUACAUCUGAUGAAGGUUAGAUUUUUGUCCAACAGAAUCGACAGUCUUACUGUAUAAUCAGAACUGAAAUGAACAUCUGAUACUGAGGUAAGUCACGGGGUGGGUUCGAUCCACAUACGAAGUCAAUUAAUGUGUGGAUGGUUAUAAGGCACCGGGAAAUCAUCUGAAUGGUACUGGAAAUCUAGAAGAGAACCGCCACCGCCAUAACAAUCAAAAUUUCAGAGAAGCAAUAAAUCAUAUUUCUUUGUGAAGGUGAAUACCAUGUAUUGAAGUAUCAUAUGGACGAGUGCCACUAGCUGCUGAGUCCCGCAUUCGUGAUAUCAUUAUUAAAUUUAAUUUUGACUGAAGAACCAAUUGGUGAUUCUGAAGUCGCAUUCAAACAAUUUGAGGCAAUCCUGUUAUCUUUCUGAGUCUUCUUCUUCUUCUUCUUCUUCUUCUUCUUCUUCUUCUUUACCUGCUUGUUCAAUUAUAAUCUGAAAGUUAAAUUAUAGCAUCUUUUAUCCUUAU